GAAGGGGCUGCUUGCUUGGAGUGACUGGUGUGAAGCAGCAUUGUGCACAGUGUGGAGAGGCGUGCUCUGUCCAGCAGCAUGAGAACUGAUGCUGCUUAUGGAAAGCAUGUACUGAGCACCACUGGACAGCGACAUCCCAGCAUUGCUGACAUCCACAGCUGCCUUUCCACCCAGCCUGAGAACUGUCUGCUAGAAGACAAAGCUUGCUCUUGUGCUGCUGGCAAUUCCAAGAGCCUGGGAGGCUGACAAGGCUUUGGGCUGUACAUAACAUCUCUUUGGUUAUCUGUGGCUAAUCAAACCCUGGCAAAGUUUAAUAUGGCAUUGAUUAUGGAACCUGUGAGUAAAUGGUCCCCGAGCCAAGUGGUGGACUGGAUGAAAGGUCUGGAUGAUUGUCUGCAGCAGUAUAUCAAAAAUUUUGAGAGGGAAAAGAUUGCAGGGGAUCAGCUAUUACGCAUUACUCACCAGGAAUUGGAGGAACUGGGAGUCACGCGCAUUGGACACCAGGAGCUCAUUCUUGAAGCUGUAGACUUACUAUGUGCACUGAAUUAUGGUUUGGAAACAGAAAAUCUAAAAACGCUCUCCCACAAAUUAAAUGCAUCUGCCAAAAAUCUGCAAAAUUUUAUUACCGGAAGGAGAAGAAGUGGGCAUUAUGAUGGAAAGAGCAGCAGAAAAUUGCCAAAUGACUUCUUAACGUCUGUGGUAGAUCUGAUCGGAUCAGCAAAGAGUCUCCUUGCCUGGCUAGAUAGGUAUUGCCACGCUGAUCAGGAUGACAUUGAUAACCUUAAAAAAAGAUGGAUCGGGCAUAAACUGGAUAAAUCACCAUUUGCUGCUGUUACAGAUUAUUCAGUUACAAGAAACAAUGUUAUCCAACUGUGCUUGGAAUUGACCACAAUUGUCCAACAGGAAUGUACUGUUUAUGAAACUGAAAACAAGAUUCUACACGUGUGCAAAACGUUGUCUGGUGUUUGUGACCACAUCAUAUCUCUAUCUUCUGAUCCAUUGGUUUCUCAAUCUGCCCAUCUGGAAGUUGUACAGCUAGCCAACAUUAAGCCAAGUGAAGGACUGGGAAUGUACAUUAAAUCUACAUAUGAUGGACUUCACGUGAUAACUGGGACAACUGAAAAUUCACCUGCUGACCGAUGCAAGAAGAUCCAUGCUGGUGAUGAAGUCAUUCAAGUCAACCAUCAAACAGUGGUGGGGUGGCAGUUGAAAAAUUUGGUGAAUGCACUACGAGAGGACCCGAGUGGUGUUAUCUUAACUUUGAAAAAGCGACCUCAGAGCAUGCUUACCUCAGCACCAGCUUUACUGAAAAAUAUGAGAUGGAAGCCCCUUGCUCUGCAGUGGUAUGAUGAUGAAAUGAAAACUUAUUCCUGGACACGUAUAUCACCACUAAUUCCAAGGAGUCCCACAAGUGGAGCUGCCACCCCAUCCAGCACAAUUAGCACGCCUACUAAAAGGGACAGUACUGCUCUUCAAGACCUAUUUAUCCCCCCUCCUCCAUCAGAGCCCUAUACACCAAGAAGAAAGUCAUUGGAGAGACUCUGUCGUGCGUCUUCAGUAUUACUCAUUGAUGAUAUGCAAAGUUCAGUUAACCAUACUCAAAUGGAUGAAGAGGGAAACUUACCCUGUGAGGAUGUGAGUCGACAUGUUGUUGGAAAGCCAGUAUCAAAAGGAUCUGAGUCUCCAAACUCUUUUCUGGAUCAGGAGUAUAGGAAGCGAUAUAAUGUUGUGGAGGAAGAUGCUGUGUUAUAUUGCUACGAGUAUGAUAAGGGAAGAGCUAGCAUGCAAGGUCGAAGAGAAAGCACACCUACGUAUGGAAAAUUAAGACCUAUAUCCAUGCCUGUAGAAUAUAACUGGGUUGGUGAUUAUGAAGAUCCCACCAAGAUAAAAAGAGACAGUAGAAGAGAAAGUUCUCUUCUCCGGUAUAUGAGUAAUGAUAAAAUCAUUCAGGAAGAAUUAAUGAUGCAGAGAAACGCCAAAAAAGAUACCGGGAAGAAAUCGAAGAAGAAAGGUGAGAAAAACACAAGUCCAAGUCAUUAUGCCCUACUUCCUGGAGCACAGAUGGAUUCCCUACGGCAGGAGGGUCUCGGUCCCUCUAUAGCAGACGCAGCAACAUAUCACACAUUCCAGCAGUCCUCUCUACAACAUAAAUCCAAGAAAAGAAAUAAAGGUCCUGUUCCCGGGAAAAGCAAAAGACGCAUAUCAUGUAAAGACUUGGGUCGUGGUGAUUGUGAGGGGUGGCUAUGGAAAAAGAAAGAUGCAAAGAGCUAUUUCUCACAGAAGUGGAAAAAAUACUGGUUUAUUUUAAAGGAUGCAUCCCUUUAUUGGUAUUCCAACGAGGAGGAGGAAAAAGCUGAAGGAUUUAUUAGUCUACCAGAAUUUAAAAUAGAUCGAGCCAGUGAAUGUCGUAAGAAAUUUGCAUUUAAAGCUUGCCACCCGAAGAUCAAAAGCUUCUACUUUGCUGCUGACAAUUUAGAUGAUAUGAAUAGGUGGAUUAGUAGAAUUAACUUGGCGGCUUCUGGUUAUGCAGAGAGAGAGCGGAUUAAACAAGAUCAAGACUACUGGAGUGAGAGCGAUCAAGAAGAGGCAGAAACUCCUUCAACUCCAAAACAAGAUAGUCCACCCCCGCCUUAUGACACAUAUCCAAGACCAGCUCCAAUGACAUGUGCCAGUCCGUUCGUGGAGCCAAAACACAGGUUAUCUUCCACUGAAACCUCACAAUCCCAAUCGUCCCAUGAGGACUACCGCCAGGAAGCUCCAGGAAGCACCACGGAUUCUCCAGUGCGAAAAACUGCGAGCCAGAGGAGAUCUUGGCAGGAUUUAAUUGAGACACCAUUAACCAGCUCAGGACUUCAUUACCUUCAGACUCUUCCUCUGGAGGACUCUGUGUUCACUGAUCCAGGAGUGGCCUCACCUGAUCACAGACGGCAGUCUACACUUCCGGCUCCAAAAUGCCACCAACAAGACCACUAUGGCCCAUUUCCCUUAGUUGAAGGCAACAGAUUACAAGUACUUAGUGGCAGUGGGGCAAAGCCUCGCAGUUUUACACUUCCCAGAGAUGCUGGCUUAAGCCAUUGUGCUUUCCUUUCACCGGUCAGUAUAUUGGAACCAACAGAGCCACCACAUAAACAAGAGGUACACAAGGAAGACCCUUCCGAAGAGCCAGAAGAACCCCAUGAAACAAAAACUGGUAACGAGAAGUCAGCAGACUUAUUACAAGAUCUCUACAGGGCCCUGGAAAAAGCCAGUUUAUCCCCACUUGGAGAACAACGGCUUUCAACCAAAAUGGAGUACAAGAAGUCUUUUAUUAAAAGAUGUAGUGAUCCUGUAGUCAAUGAAAAACUACACAGACUGCGCAUUUUGAAAAGCACUUUAAAGGCCAAAGAAGGAGAAGUAGCUACUAUUGAUAAACUUCUGGAAAAUCCCAGUUUGACAUCUAGAGACUUUCAAGAAUGGAAGCAGUUAUACCUUGAUCUUUUUUUGGACAUCUGUCAGAAAAGUGAAACAAAGGACUGUGAAAGUGCUUCUUCUGAAGUAGAUGCCCUCAUUCAGUCUCUUUCUCAUACACAUUCUUAUAUUGAAACGCAUGUAUAAUUGUUGUACUGUCAGACCUAUGCCCUGAAGAAUCACCAUUUUUUAAAGGAAAUGAUUAUGAAUCAAUGAAAAGUCUGGUAAAAUCUAUUUUAAUGUUGCUGAUCUAUGUGGAGUAAGCAUUGUAUGGCUACAAUGCCUGUGUCUUAUUUUUGCAAUCUGCCUAUUUUUAUGCUAUUAGUGUUCUGCUUUGUGUUAUAUUUGUGGUUACAAAGAUGAAUAAAAUAUGUAUUUAAUAUGUCGGUCAAGGUUAGGGAUUUAUAUUUGAAAUAGAUUUAUUUUCUAUUUAUACAGAAAUUAUCUCUGGGUAACCAUAUACUAUUUGGCAAAAAAACAGAGUAACAUUUUUAUAAUCAUAGUUCUAUUGUGCUCAUGCAUCUAAGAUGUGUUUAAAUGCUGCAGAUGUGUUUUGGAGGUUCUCAAAAAGGACAUGCAUAUUAACUGUAAAUUAGGAAAUAAAAUGAAUGAGACUUUUAAUAAUCCAAUUACUGUUAAAUAAAGAGUUCUUUUAAUGUGAAUGUACUCUGGGAAAUGGACCUGUUAAUAUAUUAGCCAUAUCACGUAUACAUACAUAUAUAUUAUGACAGUGCCAGAAUUUUCAAAUGGCCAGAAAUCUACCUCCCUAUCGAUUAUCCCCACUUUAUAUAAAAAAAAAGCUAUUGUUUAGUGAUAGUGUUAUAUUAAAUGAAAUAUUUAUUAUUAUUUGCAGUGA